GACCUACAGUGCGUCAUCGCCUGUGCGCGUCCCCGCCUCUUCAACUACGUACAUGCCUGCUCAUCUGUCGCCCUCCCUGCUUAAUAACGGACGGGUACUUCCUCGCUCCCAGUCAAAAAACCACUCUAGUAUUCACCAUCUUUUCUAGGGGUUUUAAGGCUAGAGAACGCGACUGUAUCGCUAUGCGCCGAGCAAUAUAAUCUGCCAUUGUUCGGUGCACGCGCUCGUGUUUUCAGCAUCUCACGGGCAGCGCGUGGGACAUUGAUUCAGGGUAAAAGAGAAGCCCUUUCGGUUUCACCAUGCCAAGCGACGUGCUCCACAGAUUCAUCUGCCUUUGUCGAUAUCUACAGGAUCCCUGCCAUGUCGCCAGAUUUCAGAAGCUCUGCGGGGUCCGCGGGACGUUUGCGAAAAAAGCAGCCGAGAACGACGACAAGCUGUCGGUCAACGGGGCUUGCGCGGGGCAGCGUCAGGGAGCGCGCGAGGCUAGUGGAGAUUCAGCGGACAGACUUCCGGGCCAAAGGCUGAGGAAAAGUUUAAAUGUUGAGCAGGACGAGUGUGCCCAUAGCGGACCCGCAGACAGUGACCCUAAAGGCACAGUGAAGCCGCUGCGCAGGAACUCAUUGACCGGUGAUGUUGGCCAGGAGUUCAUCAUCGAGAACAAGUUUCUCUUCUAUCUCUUCACCAUCGGCACCGAGCUGGGCAACGAGAUGUUCUUCAUCGUCUUCUUCCCCUUCCUGAUGUGGAAUGUUGACCCGUAUGUGAGCCGGCAGCUGAUCGUGGUGUGGGCCUGGGUGCUGUUCCUCGGACAGUCUACGAAAGAUGUGGUGCGCUGGACCCGUCCCGCUUCUCCUCCGGUGGUCAAGGUGGAGGUCUUCUACAACUCAGAGUACAGCAUGCCCUCCACACACGCCAUGUCCGGCACUGCGCUGCCCUUCUCCCUCUUUCUGCUCACUUGCAGCCGGUGGGAGUAUCCAUUCAUGUUUGGGUUGAGCAUAGCUCUGUUCUGGAGUAUCCUCGUGUGCAUCAGCAGGAUUUAUAUGGGCAUGCACUCUGUCCUGGAGGUGAUCACAGGCUUCCUCUACAGUGUGCUCAUCCUGGCAGUCCUUCACCCCAUGCUUGAUGACAUCGACACCUUCUACUUGUCCCACAGUUAUGCUCCUUUGGUUGUCCUGCUCGUGCAUGUUGGCUUCAGCUUGGUGGCCUUCUCGCUGGACACUUGGAGCACAUCUCGUGGAGACACUGCCCAGGCGUUGGCCACAGCUGCCGGAGCCGCACUGGCAUGCCGCCUGAACCACCAACUGGGUCUGCUGCCAGAUCCUCCUGAAGAAGCUCUCCCACUCACCCUGCCCCUGAUUGAUGGGGCCUUGUUGACCCGCUCCGUCAUGCGGAUCCUGGUGGGAGUGGCAGUGCUUCUGGCUGUCAGGGCUGCCAUGAAGGUGGUGGCGAUCCCAUUGGCGUGCAAGAUCUUUGGAGUUCCUUCGGAUGAUGUGAGGAAAGCUAGGCAACAUGCACAAGUGGAGCUUGCGUACCGCUUUCUGGUCUAUGGCACAGUGGCCUACUGCUGCGUUUGCCUGGUGCCACUUCUCUUUGGACUCCUUGGCUUAUCCUGAAGAAAAUACCUCCCACUGUCUGAACGUGUAAUUAUCCGGUUUAUAUCCUAGCUUAACCUAUACAUGACCUGGACUAGUCAACGUCUGCAGUUCUAGUCAAAACCAACAAACCCUUUGGUUGUAAAAGUAUGAUGUUCAUGUUGAUAAUAAUAUCGCUCCAUUUCCAUGCUAAUUUAUUUCACUUGUUCGGUUUACAGAUUUGUAUUAAUCUGAUCAAUCUGAACAGGGUUUUUAGGCACAUUUGUUGCCCUCAGCAGGACCUCAUUUUUUCUUGGAAGUGAGUUUGUGACAUCAUUAUCAUCCAUCAGGACCUGUUGACUCUUGAAAAGUAUCUAUAGCCAUUCUCAAAAAGGUCUCAAAUGUUUCCUGCAGUUGUCUCCAUUAACGCCCACCCAUCCUGGUCUCUUUUGCCAUUUCUCACUCAACAAUUCACAUGAUUGUUUCUUGCUGGACAGUCUGGAACCUUUCCCAUUUUGUUUUCAUCUUUUUGGAAGCAAACUAUACAAGUGACCGCCCUUGUCAGAUAUGAGUGUCCUUUCAUUUAAGGGCUCACAUUUGAAACAUUUUGUAACUGUCCGAUCUUCCGAGGGCUUCUUUCUUCUCCUGUAGGUCCAUUCCAGAUCCGUUCACCCGCCCCAAUGGUUUAUUCAAGGGAUCAGGGAAAAAGACACUCUAAAAUCUGAGAGAAAGUGUGUAGAAAGUUCUGCUCUUAUCUCAAAAUGGGUGGAGCUCACGCCUCACAAUAAGCGGUAAUGUAUUGAGAGAAUGAGGGGAGGGAACUUCCUGUCAGUGUGAAUGCUGUAUACAUGAACUUCCUGUGGAUGUGUGCCUCUGAAAAUCAAGCUUGGAAAAGAGCGCUUUGAAUAUGAAUGCAGCAUAUCUUUCUUAACAAUACUGUCAUUGUCAAUGUAUUAUUUAUUAUACACGUCAAAUGUUUUUAAACAUUACUAAAAGAAGUAGGAUUCAUCCAGUGAGUGAAUAGCUCAGUACUUUAAGGCAAGACCUUUUGACAUUUAACUAUAUGUCCGCUUCUGUAAUAAUUCUGUUGGUUUAUGACUUUUAUUAAAGGCACAGUAUGUAAUUUUCACCACUAAAUGUCACGUAUUCACAACAAGCAAAGGCGUAGAAUAAUGCCGAGUGUGGAAUCACAUAAGUUGUCAUCUUCAUUACAUUCAAUGGGACUUCUGCAGAAAUCAUGUUUAUAAAUGAGUAUUCAAAACUUAUCAUGAUCGUAUGACGCAGAGUAAACCUGAAAGCUGUUGAAGCCAAACGAGAGCGCUGAAGCAACUGCUGAUAAGAGACGAUUAUUAUGCCACACUCUACGUAUUGUUCGUGAUCACAUGGGAAAAAGCUUGGUGUAUCAUACUAAAUACAUUUUAGGUUCUGUUAUAAUGCUGCUAGGUGCAGUCUUAUUAAAUGCACACAAAAAAACUAACUGCGUCCAAAAUCGCCUACUACUACUACUCAGUAGGUACUGCAUUUGAAUUUAAACGUAUUACUCAGCAGUAAAAAAGGACGUUCUAUACAGUAUGAAUGCCAGUAGUAUGAAUGGAACUCGGACGUACUACAUCCACCAUUUUGUCACGAUCACGUGAGUUGUUGGUCAUCCGGGUACUUCUCGCAUACUUUCGAAUUCUAUGAAUUCGGACAUAGUACUCUGCUCGCAUACUGAGUCUAGCGUACUAUAUAAUAUAGAAGUAUGCAAUUUCGGAUGCAGCCAAUGUCUUUGGUAUUUCUAUCAUUUCAUGCCUCCAUUAGCAUUGCGACACAGAACACAGUCCAUAUCACUAGUUAAGAUUGCUUAUUGCUUUGGAUUUGAACAUUCUCUAAAAAAAUUUGGAACAAUGUAAAUACACAAGUCGCCAAAAUCAUAAAACUGUUCUAAUGGUUUUUGGAUAUUUUACAACACAAUCCUAUGGCAAUUCGUAACUUUUUGAUUUAGUGGCUAGUUCAUGUGAAUUCACACAAUCUCAUUCGUACACUAGUACGAUUUGCUUAUCCCGCAUUGACGGGUGGGUUAAGGGACAGGGUUGCGUGCCAUGCCUCCUUUUUCAAAUCAGACAUUUUCUUACGACAACUUUGAAUUCACCACUAAACUGACAAAACGUACAAAAAUAAACUUUCUUUGGUAUUUCCAUCAUUCCAUGCUGCCAUUAGCAUUGCGACAAACGAUACUGUCCAUGUCAAUUGCUUAUUCCUGAGGAUUUGAACAUUCCUCAACCAAUUUAGAACAAUGUAAGUGCAUAAGUCGGCAAAAUCAUAAGACUGUUUUAGUGGUUUUUGGAUAUUUUACAACACAAUCUCAUGGCAAUUUGUAACUUUUUGAUUUAGCGGCUAAUUUGAAUGAAUUUGUCUGAUCUCAUUCAUACAAUUUAGUACGAUUUGCUCAUCCCCCAAUGACGGUUGGGUUUUGGGGUGGGGUUGGGUGACAUGCCUCAUUUUUAAAAUCGGACAUUUUUAUACGACUGAACUCUGAAUUGACCACUAAACUGAAAAUGUAAAAUAGGUACAUUUCCUCAUGAGAUCAGGCUGAUAUUUUAAUAAACAAAAUGUACAUAAUGUGCCUUUAAACAGUGUAAAAAUCUGACUUCCAUUAUAUCAUUAAAAACCAUUGAAACGUUGAAUAUUUGUGUUCCACAGAUGAAAGAAAGUGAAGGUGUAAUGAUGUAGUAAUAAGGGUGAGUAAAUGAUGACACAAUUUUCAUUCUUGGUUGAAAUAUCUUUUAGGAUAAACUGAGCCAUUUAAAAAAAAAUCCAGGUUCUGUGUUUGUCCAUGUAACUGUUAGCACAUCCAGGUUUUCCCAUACUCUCAGCAGGUUAUAGACGUAAAUACUCAGUGGCAUUUUUGUUAAUAUAUUGACUAAACGUCCUUGCUUUGUCUGCAUUUAAUGUCAUUUUAUCUGUUGGAAUGACAUAAUUAUGGGCAUGAUAUCAUGGCCAACCCCAAAUAUAUUUUCCAGGUUGUCAGUAUUAACCUAAGUAGUGAUUUGUUGUUUAUCAUUGAACUAAUGCUCUGCGCUUGCACUAUAUUUUGUUGACGUGUUUAGUUUCACAAGUAAAGCCAGUCCCAGAGGACAGAUCUCUGAUAUACACUGAUUUCUCAGAAACCCCAGUGCCUUGCAACCUUUUUUUUUAGGGCAAAUUUAUCGUCCAUCUAGGCACAACACACCACAGCUGUCUGUCUGUGGCCAGUUUUGAAAGUGUAAAUGAUUUGGUUACGUAAUUGAAGGCUUUUCAGGUUUUCUUAUGUGUGAUGUGUACCUCCAUUUUCAGUGUCCGUUAUGUGGAAUUUGUAAUCAGGUUUCUGGUAACAUUUUAAUGGCGAGAGAUUAACUUGGAACAAUUUACCUGUGUGAAUAAAGGGUUCAUAUUUAAUUGUGCAUACAGUAAAUGAACCAUAACUGAAUGAUAAGCUGUACUCAACAGUGCACUGAGCUGAGGUGAGUAUAACAGGAAGUUAAGGGAUGUUUUAGGCUUUCCUACAAGGAAAUGCAUUGUGAAUGAAGAUUUGAGUCAUUCAUAAUCAUCUAAACUCACACAUGUACUGUAUCCGUAAUCUAUGGCUCCUUGUCUGCAGUGUACUUGCCAUUUUUCUGUUCUUAUUAUUAAAAGUAAAUAAAAACAGUAUGAAAUACACUGU